AAUUAAAAAAAUAAUAAAAAAAAUAUUACGUGAGUUGUUGAAGAUUCGCCGUGUAUAUUUGUCAACGCGACUCAAAAUCAAAUUUGGACAGUGACAAUUGUCAGCGUUUGUUGAAGUAAAUCAAAAUUAUUGUACCUAACACACUGCCCUUGAAAGAUGUGGGUUUUAAAAUUAGAUUAAGACCUUUGCAGUUCGCAAUCAAUAAUUUUCGUAGUCCGGCAGCUCUGGCAUGAGUUGCGCGUUCAGUCAGCUACCGUGUGCAAAACAAUGUCACUGUGUUACUCCGUACCUCCAACCAGAAUUUCUAUGAGCCGGUGAUCCGCGGAUUAUGCCAAAAUAAAUUCAUCCAGAAUUAAAUUGGAGAAACGAUGACCGAAUCAAAAUCGGAGAUGCGGCAACGCAAUCAGACCGCCAAAAACGAAUGCCAGGAGAAUGAGCCGAACAAAAAAUUCAAGUUGCUACUUUGGAAGGACAUGCCAAAAUAUUUACAGUUUAAUCCGUACAUCCACACGGGAUACAGACCGCUAUUGUCAGUGUGGGGUUGUGUAAAUAGUAUGUUUUAUAUCCACAAUGAAACGUUGAACAUCUUGACCCAUGCCAUCCCUAUCGUUUAUAUACUCGUCACCGUGCCUCAAUUACUUCCAUGGUCUUACACGCAUCUUCGUUUCCUCGUUUGGUGUCACAUUGCAGGCAUUUUGUGUCCGUGGAUUGGAAGCUUCUUUUAUCACGUUUUCAUGAAUCUAGAACGCGGCGAAAACAUCUACUACAAAUUACUGCAGAUGGACAUGUUGGGCAUUUGGAUUAGUCAAAGUUUCGGUGCUAUGCCCAUGGUGACGGCAACAGUAUAUUGCCUUCCGUACUUUUUACGAUCAUUAAUAAUUCUUUCGUAUAGUGUACUAAGUUUAUACACGUUAUAUAAAGCUUUGACGGCCCUGUGUCCAUGGGAUCGAAGAUUGUGUUUCCUGUUCCCGUUCUUGCUGAGGAUAUGCAUGUGGUGCCUUCGACUUACCAGCUAUGGGGGCGGUGAUCCUGCAGCUUUCACACAUGUCCUGUUACAAGAUGUGGUGUCUAUAUUUGGGGGAGCGAUAGGAGCGAUGCACAUUCCUGAGAAGUGGUUCCCGGGUUCGCUGGACAUGUGCUGGAACUCGCAUAACAUAAUGCAUAUCCUUGUUGUGGCGGCCGUUUAUUCGAUGCACAUCGCCACAAUGAAAGACCUGACGUGGAUGUCGAGGGUGAAUUGCAACGCGGCCCUUUGAUGGCGUCCGUCUUUCGGCUACAAUCGCAAAUCAUUAGAGUUUUAUAACAAAUUUAUUACGCAAUAAUGUACAAAAAACUGAAAAAAACUUAUAUGUAAAUCGAGUCUUAACAUGUGUCAAAUGCGCGCACGACUUUAGCAAAUCCAUUUCGCAUAAGGUUUUAUUAUUCGUAUUAAAUAUUUACUCUGAA